UCACCCUUAUCCUCUCCCUCUUUUAUACUUCUUCCCGUUCCCUUAGUUGCCACCUGGUCAGUUCCUGCGUGAGUUAGCCGCUAUACUCGAUCGUCUUUCUUACUUCAGCUGACUCAACUCCACCACGGUCGUUUCUCACGGGGUGCCACUAAUGGACAACAUGCCGUUCACGAACCCAGAAAACGAGUACUUAGAAAACAUCGACUUCUGCGCCUCCUACCCGGAUUCGUGAGUGAUCCUACUGACAGCGUUUUUAUAGAUAUCCCAACCGAGUCAGCGGCAAAUGGUUACAAUACCAAAGGCGACGUGAAUGAAAGCUUCCCAAUGGCCGCAAUAGAAAUGUUUUGGGGGCAGUUGGAUCAGCAUGGCUAUCUACUGUGAAUGUCCGGCCCGGAAAGGCGUCCCGGUAACAGGAAAAGUCGCCAAGGACAACGAGGCUAGCGCGAGUCGGGGAGAAAGCAAAAGGGAAGCAACCCUACCUAUGGGGUACCUUCGGGACAGGAAUCGCCUUUCCGGGUGUCUAAAUUAUAUCACGCACGCGCAACAGCCUGGCAAUGCAAUUGCACAAUCCCCACCUGUCCCGCUGCAUUAUGACCCGUAAUGUUCAGCUAUGCUUCUCCCCGCCAGGAGUCUUCUUCGAUCCUCCUGAUGACACUCGAAUGAGGGAGCAACCAGUGGAGGAUGGUUGAGAGCUGAUGCUGGUUGUGAGUAGUGUUGAUAAUGAACUUGGUUCUGAGGUCGGGCGCGAGAGCCGCUUUAAUGCCCAAGGAGCUUCUUUCGACCAGAGCACGACGCAAAAUAUGUAUGAUGGAGACCGAUCAUGGGCACAUUACUUGCUUGGCGCGGUGGACCCUCUUUUAAACAACCCUACCCCUCCAUAUCAGUUCGUUGCCCCGUCGGAAUUCGUUGCCCCGUCGGAAGUUGAUAAUAACGACUGCCCUCCUCUCCCCGACUCGUCCUUGCCCGUCCCUGCGAGCGGCUAUUUGAGCCCAGACUGCACUUCGGAUUCCACGCUUCCUGUAAGUGGAAGAGCUCAGGGCUGUUUUCGACCACUCCUGCCAAAGCCAACGCAGUAUCAGAGCCGGGGGCCAAGUCCUGCAGCGUCAACAAAGUCGUUUUGUUGCAAUUUGUGUUCGAAGAGCUACGGAUCUCAGAAGGGAUUGAAUAGGCACGAGCAGAAGAAACACGGUGCAGAGAAAAAGACCGGUGGUCGACCGCCGACUUGCUCGAGGAAACUUGACUGAGACUUGCGGAGGGAAAAAAAAAUCGGCUAUUUCUUUCCGUUUGAUAUUGCUGGCUGCACUAGUGGUUUACCACAAAGACUUUGUUACAGCUGUCUGUUGUUCGUCUAGAAUGUCCAAAAUAGAUGCACGGUACUUUUCCAAUAUGUUCAAGAAGUGUCCAAAAGCUGAUUCAGCAUACCACGCGCACUUAUCUCAACCUCCGAGCUGAUCUCAUCAAUCGUGCCAAUAUACAUGGUGACGUCGUAAUCUAGGAUGGCUGUAUCUAUAAGCUGGAAUUUUCAGAUCAUGCAAACAGACGUA